AUGAUACAAUGGCGACCAGUGAUAAUGCUCGCUGCUGGAAUAGCUUUUAUGCUAAUUACUGCCUUAUUGCAAGACCCACAGAAUAAAAGCCCGAAAAUGAUCAAAUGUACACAAGAAAUUAUAUUUACAGAUAGUGCACCCGAUGGCAUAUUUUUAGUCGUCUUGGACGAUUGGGUGUAUUUAACCGCAAUAUGGAAGGAGCACGAAGAGGCAAAAACUAGAGAGCUCAAAGGCCUCAUUAAACAAUAUAGAAGACCUCUUCAGUCAGUUAUAUCGCUGAGACAUCCUUCCGCAAAUGCAAGCAAGUCAUGGCAAUUACUUUAUGUUCAUCAAUUAGAUGGACCGAUUGCCCACUUGUCGAAAUAUUGUCAUGCCAAUGUCACUAUUCAUUCAGCAGCUGCGAAUGUUGCAGAAUAUGAUUCCAUAGCAAUCUUGUAUUAUACGCAAAAAGACGAGGAUUUGAUCUAUACCGUGAGGUUAUAUCGUAUUGGAGUAUUUAGGAAAGCCGAUCAAGCAGCAGUUGGUGAAUGUAAAAGCCAUACAAAUAGUCCAUGUCAUAGUACUCCAUCAUUUCGAUUCCAAGACAUUAUUCUACCAGGGACAAUGCCAAUUAAAGCAUUUUAUGUGGACAACAAUAUGAUACUUUAUUCGAGGCAAGUGGGAUUGCAUUUUGAUAAAUAUAAGUUUCGAAUGAUAAAAAUGCCAAAUGACAUACUGAACGAUGAUGAGAAUGAUGACAGAAAGAUAGAAUCGAGCGACCCCGGAGUAUUACAAAGACUCAGUCAGAUGGAUUUGAUGAAUAAGACAUCAACCACACUGAGAACGUUGCACAUAUCUACUCCAGGUGCCAUUCGUGUUCUCUAUGCAGAGGCUACUGGGAACGAAAGAGCGUGGAGCUAUUCGGUGGUUACAUAUGACAACGCAUCAACUACUAACACUAAAUGGCGACGAAAAUCAAUAAUAUACGAAGAUCACCAAAGAAGUGAAGAAAUCGAUGACAUGGAUAUUCAUACUCAAGUUACACAAUUGGACAGACCUAUGCUACAUCCUAUAGUCGCGACAGCGCAGAACGCAACUACUAUCGCGAUUCCAUUAAGUGAUAGCCUCAAAAGUUACGAUUUUAUACUACAUCUCAAGCCAGAGCAGUAUAGGGUUCGUGAGAUUCGAACCUCACUUCACGGAGAUCGGAAUCCAUUUUUCGUUGGUGCAGAAAUCAACGCGGCUGCUAAUCAAAUGGCUCUUGUCACAAAGGAUAAUUAUAUUCCGAUUUUCAAGCGCGGAAUAGCCGAAGUCGGAUCAGGAUCCCCUCAAAAACGGCCAUUAAAUUUAGAAUCUGAUGAACAAGCGGCAUAUGUCAAGAAUACAUCGAAUAAUCUUGAUGGAGGUGAAGCAUGGCAUAAGCGAAUGACUCUGAAAGUUACGUUUCCAUCAUACGAAGAGUUUGACAACUUGUAUGGUGGGGAUGUCAUAGCCGUUAAAUUAUUCAAUAAUUCAUCAUAUGCAGACGUUGAGGAAGGCACAACAGGAAACUUUUUGUUUGUUGUAUACGGAUACGGUAUACUGGUGUCCUUUGACUUGGGAAUACCAUAUCAAGAAAGUUUCAUAUGGUAUUUUGUGACAGAGAAAUGGCAAAUGUGUAUUACAAUGCUGUUUGUAGUUUUGCUGUUUUCUUGGCAUGAAAUGCAAUAG